AUGGGUUUAAUCACAGAAGGAGCAGCGGAUUUGUUCACUGCUUAUCGAGCCUAUAGCAUCAGACAAUUUAGUUGGUCAGAUUACAGAAAGCAAAAAGCAGUAAGUCUUGUUAUCUCAGCAGCUACAAUGGGAUUCUCAGCAAUCAAAAAUGCAGGUAAAGGAGUUCAGACUUUAGUGACAAGUGUAGGAGAAGAAGUGCUUGAACAAGCAGGUACAAAACUAAUAACAGAUGGAAAAGCUGUAAGUCAAGUAGUUGUUGAAACUGGAAAAAAUUUGAAAAGUCUCGCUGUUAAACAAAUCGGAGUAACAGUUGGGGAAACUGCAGUAAGAGAAGGCUUAAACAAAGCGGCCGAUGUUAGCUCACAUUUUGUAUUGGAACAGUUGAAACCGCAACUUUCCGCUUCAAUACAAAGCAAAGUUAGUAAUAGAACUGGCCAUGGAAAACUAGAUGCGAAAACAGAAGAAUACAUUGAAAACAUUAGAAAAGGUAAACCAGCAAACCUAGCCGAUAUGAUAGCAAUUGCUGUUAAGAAUGAUUUAGAUAUCAAAUUAGUAGAUGUCAAUUAUCAACCUACAGAAGAAGAUAAGAGAAACGGACACUUUCAACUUAUGUUAAGUAAUCGUACCAUAAUCGAUAUUCCAAGCGAAAAUAAUGAUUGUGGUUAUGCUGUUAUUCAAAAACUAUUAGAAAAUCGAGGUACCGCAAAAUCUAUUGAUGAUCUUCGUAACGAGAGAGCAAAAAACAUAGCAGAUAAUCCUCAGCUAUUUUCGAAAGCAUUUGAAAAAUUAUGUUGCAUUCUCGAUUACGCUUGA